CUUGCCAUCCUGGGGGGUCUCUGUGCCUCUCAGUCUCCUGUCUACCUGCCUCCCCCCUCUCGGCAGGUUUGUCUGGCAUCCAACCUUUUCUGCCUGGGCAUCCCCCCACCGCCGCUAUCACCGCCACUGUUUCUUCUACUGUCUCCUCCUCUUCCCACCCUCUCUUCUCCUCUCUUCUCCCUGCCCCUUUAAAUCUGCCUGGCCCAGCCUCCCCCGUGAUGCUGGGAUGGAGCAAACAUUGAUUUGUGCUGGGAUGGAAUCGGAAUUUUGAUAUUUUUUCCUCUCCCAACCAUAAGAAGAAAAAAAUAAAAACACCCUCUCUUGGUUGCCCCCUCUCCCUUCCCAUCCAGUUCCCAGCUCCUCUUCCCUAUCUCCAUCCAAAGCAGAUUUUUUCUCUACACUAUUCUCAUCUCCCCCCACACCCCUGCCACUACCUCGCCCCCACCCCCACCCCCACCGCGGCUCCUCCAGCUGGGGAGAGAGGGGACUCUCUCCUUGGGCUCCCCCACCUUCGCUCUCUGGGUUGGAGCAGUCUCUCCGGAAGGGGAGGGGGCUUGGCUUGUGCGGGUGAAGUGGGAGUGGAGGUAUCCUGCCAUGGACGCCGAGCCUGGGAGGCAGCCUGAACCCCAGCCCACAUGCCACUCAGGAUGAGGGUCCGGCCCUGUCAGCCCGCGCUGGGGCCCCCCCGCCCAGCCCCGGUCUAACUGCCCCCGCCCCCAGGCCUCGCCCGGCUCGCAGGCCCCCAGCCGGCUUUCCAGCCCCAGGAUGCGCUGAGCCGCCGGGGGGCUGAGGCCGCGCCAACUACAUGCAUGUCCCCCGGGGGCAAGUUCGACUUUGACGACGGGGGCUGCUACGUGGGGGGCUGGGAGGCGGGGCGGGCACAUGGCUACGGCGUGUGCACCGGGCCCGGCGCCCAGGGCGAGUACAGCGGCUGCUGGGCGCACGGCUUCGAGUCUCUGGGCGUCUUCACGGGGCCCGGCGGACACAGCUACCAAGGCCACUGGCAACAGGGCAAGCGCGAAGGGCUGGGCGUGGAGCGCAAGAGCCGCUGGACAUACCGCGGCGAGUGGCUGGGCGGGCUAAAGGGGCGCAGCGGCGUGUGGGAGAGCGUGUCCGGCCUGCGCUACGCCGGGCUCUGGAAGGACGGCUUCCAGGACGGCUACGGCACCGAGACCUACUCCGACGGAGGCACCUACCAGGGUCAGUGGCAGGCGGGUAAGCGCCACGGCUACGGGGUGCGCCAGAGCGUGCCCUACCAUCAGGCGGCACUGCUGCGCUCGCCCCGCCGCACCUCUCUGGACUCUGGACACAGCGACCCCCCGACGCCGCCCCCGCCCUUGCCGCUGCCAGGCGACGAGGGAGGCAGCCCGGCCUCGGGCUCACGGGGCGGAUUCGUGCUGGCCGGGCCCGGGGACGCUGACGGCGCGUCCUCCCGCAAGCGCACCCCGGCGGCCAGCGGCUUCUUCCGCCGCUCGCUGCUGCUCAGCGGGCUCCGGGCUGGCGGGCGCCGCAGCUCCUUGGGCAGCAAGCGGGGCUCCCUGCGCAGCGAGGUGAGCAGCGAGGUGGGCAGCACAGGACCCCUGGGCUCGGAGGCCAGCGGGCCCCCGGCCCCAGCGCCGCCCGCCCUCAUCGAGGGCUCGGCCACUGAGGUGUAUGCGGGCGAAUGGCGCGCCGACCGGCGCAGCGGCUACGGCGUGAGCCAGCGCUCAAACGGGCUGCGCUACGAGGGCGAGUGGCUGGGCAACCGACGGCACGGCUACGGGCGCACCACCCGCCCCGACGGCUCCCGCGAGGAGGGCAAGUACAAGCGCAACAGGCUGGUGCACGGAGGGCGCGUGCGCAGCCUCCUGCCUCUGGCCCUUCGGCGGGGCAAAGUCAAGGAGAAAGUGGACAGGGCUGUCGAGGGCGCCCGUCGAGCAGUGAGUGCUGCCCGCCAGCGCCAGGAGAUCGCUGCUGCCAGGGCAGCAGACGCCCUUUUAAAGGCAGUGGCAGCCAGCAGCGUUGCUGAGAAAGCUGUGGAGGCUGCUCGAAUGGCCAAACUGAUAGCCCAGGACCUGCAACCCAUGUUAGAGGCCCCAGGCCGCAGACCCAGGCAGGACUCCGAAGGUUCCGACACAGAGCCCUUGGAUGAGGAUAGCCCUGGGGUGUACGAGAAUGGACUGACUCCCUCAGAGGGCUCCCCUGAACUGCCCAGCAGUCCUGCCUCUUCCCGCCGACCCUGGCGACCCCCUACCUGCCGGAGCCCACUGCCUCCUGGAGGGGACCAGGGUCCCUUCUCCAGCCCCAAAGCUUGGCCUGAGGAAUGGGGGGGCCCAGGUGAGCAGGCAGAGGAACUAGCUGGCUAUGAGGCGGAGGAUGAGGCUGGGAUGCAGGGCCCAGGGCCCAGAGAUGGUUCCCCACUCCUUGGAGGCUGCAGUGACAGUUCUGGAAGUCUUCGAGAGGAGGAGGGGGAAGAUGAAGAGCCCUUGCCCCGGCUGAGGACCCCAGCAGCCUUGGAGCCUGAGCCCAUGGCCACACCAGUCCUGAGGGGCCUGUCCUCAAGGGGUCCUGAAGCCGGGUGCCUGAUGGAAGAGCUUGAUGAGCCAGCUGCAACUGAGAGGCCUGCCCAGCCGGGAGCUGCCAAUCCCUUGGUGGUGGGAGCCGUGGCCCUCCUGGACCUCAGCCUGGCGUUCCUGUUCUCCCAGCUCCUCACCUGAGGCUCCUGCCUGACCUAGUUCUGGCUUCGGGUGCUGCCUCUUCACUCCUUUUACCCGCCUUUUUCUCUUUUUCUCCUCCCGAUUGUUUUUUUCUCCAAUCUUUCUCUUCUCCCUUUCUUUUCUGUCUCCCUUUGUUUUUGUCUGUUGCUUUUUCUUUCCCGCUCUUCCUUUCAGAUUCUCUCAUUUAUUCUGGAUCUGUCUCUGUCUUCCUUUCCCCACCCCACCCCUUCUCCUUCUCUAGAUUGUUUACAUAUGAAGGGCUUUUCUUGCUCAGAGUUGCUCUCUUCUCUGAGACACACAAAUCUAAGUCAGACCAUUGCCCCAU